CUUCCAAUUCUACCUUUGAUUUUCCCUAUGAUUGUCUUAUCCAGGGAGUUUUGCCUUUUCAUGAUGUGCCCAAGCAUGAUAGCCAUAGUUUUGUCAUUUUUGCUUCUAAGCAAAUGUCUGAUUUAAUCUGAAACCUGCUUAUUUGUCUUUCUGUUGGUCUGAGGUAUUUGCAACCUCUCCUCUAGCACCAUGUUUCAAAUGCAUCCAUUUUCUUCUGGCCUGUGCUAGUUUCAUAUACAUGGAAUAUUUUUGUGAUUGGGUGGGGGACUAGCAGUCCGUUUUGAAGGAAGUAACUCAGUGAUUGAGAAACAGUGAGGCAAACAACCAAGCCAUGAAGCCUGUCUGAAGGAAUGUGGAGGGGAGAAAAAGAUAAUUGGCUUAAAAGAAAGUUUGCUACUUCCUAUCUCAUCCUCCCAGUAGUUUUAUGAGACAGGGGUGGGGGUCGUAGGGCAAGGUGAAGUGAGAGAGGGGUGAACUAGUGAGCUUGUAGUAUAAGCACGCAGGUGUAAGAGGUUGAUGAAUAUUAACUCACACACCUUGAGUAGACAAUAGACUAAUUAUAAUGCACAUGUGGUGUAUGUAGAGGUAUGUAGUGGGAUGAGAUGGAAGAUAUGAAGUAGGUGAAAGGAAAGACUGUACCUCCUAGUACCUUAUCCAAUGAGGGAAAAGGGGAGGACUGUGGCAGAUGGGUUGAGGGGUAAGAGGAACUGCAUUGUGUUUGUACUUUGGAGAGAUUCAGAUAGAGCGGGCUCUCCCUGUCUUUUGCAGUAAAUGAAGGAAUCACCCCACUCUGUUGGUAGUCUUGGUUAUUUAACUUGAGGAAAAGUAUUUUUGCAGCUUUUUUGCGUAACAGUUAUGUGAGCACCCAUGUGCAAAAGGUGCAGCCCAAUUAAAAGAAACUCCCUUCCCCAACUAGGCCCAACCUGUGUUUUAACUUCAGGGGGGGCAUUGUUUAAUUUUUUUGCAAGAACUACUUAGUGGAGAAAGGAAAGCACUUAGUGUAUUUUAUUACUGCAUAAUAUAUCUGGACUUUCUCCUUCAGGUAACCCAAGGUGGCUCACAAAAUCCUCCUUCUUCACAUUUUAUCCUCGCAACGACCCUGUGAGGUAGCUUAAGCUGAAAGUCAGUGACUGGCCUAAGGUCACCCAAUGAAGUUUCUAGUCGAGUGGGGACCAGAACCUGAAUCUCAAGAAUCCUAGGUUAUUCUAAUCCUCUGGAAGAUACUAUUAGCCAAACUUAAAAAACAACAAUUGCCACAGCCACCUUUUGUAACCCAAGACAGUUCUUGUUACUUUUCCCGUCCUAGAACCGAGCUUUGCUAUCCAAAAAAGAUUACCCUAGUCCAUGGCAAGGCUUGGUGUACGAAAGCUAAUGAACUAUGUCUUUAAAAAUAGGCUUGACCCAGCAGCAUUACUCCGUGUCUCUCAGACAGUUACCAUAAGAGAGAGGAUGGGGCACUGCCCGCCUGCCGCCGGCGCCUCACGCAAGAGGCGUGAAUUAGACGGUUCAGCGAAGUUCCAUUGAUUUAUGUUUAUAGCGAUUGCGCAAGCCGAGAAGCACACUCUACUACGCUUGCGUAGGAAACGACCUCGAAACUAUAGGGGGAGGUGACGUCAGGAGCAACGCCUGCGCACAGUGAGAAAUGAAGUGUCUGCUGUUAUGGGAAGAACGAGGGUGAGGUAUUGAGCAUGCGCGACAGGAAGAGGCUGCCGAACAGUCAGGGCGGCUGGUUCGAAAGCUGAGUGGCUCAGAGUGAGAUGCCUGGCGGCGGUGGCGACACCAACCCUCACUGCCGGGCACAUCUUCUCUGGGCCCUGACUCUGCGAUGGCCUGCAGUCUACAAAAUCUAUUUUCUAUGGAGACAGAAUUUGAAGAUGAGGAUUUCCUGUUGGCUGUGAAGGAUGUAGAGAAGCAGGCUGUGGAUCCAGCUCCUGCCAACUCAAGAUGUCUAAGACCCCUUCUGACUGGGUUAAGGGUCCCUAACAGUUCCCUUACACCGUCUAAAAACUUGGGCAUCCUUGGCUCUUUAGAGGCAAUGUCUCCUGUCUUGCAGAUGCAAUCCUAUUCCAGACUGAAAUCUGAUGAGGGAAGUUGCCCCAGCAAAGUCAAGAGCAACCCAUUGCUGCCUCUAUCAACUAGCUUCAAUGCUCAGAACAACCCGGUAACCUUGCCAGCUGAAUGCAAAUCAAGCUGCACUUCAGGUGUGAAGUUCAAGUUUGUCAACAGACAUCCAGCUGUGUUCCCUCUUGGUGCUGACCUGUGCGAAGAGGAGAUUGAUAAUGAUCUUGCUUUGGCUGCAUGCAUGGAUCAUGAAGAAUCGGAUACAUUGCCAAAACCAGAGUUUUUCAGGUCCAACUGUGGGACACAGGAGCAGAUGAGGGACAAUAGUGCAGCAACAGCCAAGAAACCACGAGUAGUGAGCUCAGCAAUAUUGAGCAAACCUGUUGGUUUACAGACCUCCAAGUUGCAAAGGGCUCAGGAGGAAAGCUUAAUGGGAGACAUCAACCAUCUGCAGCCAAUGGAGACUGUUUCAAAGCUGACUUUGAGACCCACUGCUAUGGGGUCCUACUUAUCUCAGACUAAUGUAGGAGUGACCAGCAAUAAAGCUGCUCUUUCAAACUCCAACUGUCAGGUCCUUAAAUCUCUUCAAACAUCUCUAGGAAAACGCCCUGCUGAUUGCAACAAGCCAUGUUUGCCUUCAGUUAGACCUUGCUCCUCGUUGUCUGUCAAUAUUCCUCCAAGGCUGACAAAGCCAUGCAUAUCCAGCUGUUCUGUGGCUAGAACAGCCAGCAGUAGUGCUCAGCUUCUUACUCCCUAUGUUUCCUUGGGGACUCCUGCAGAGACCCCUUCUGCCAUCCCUAACACCCCAUGUUCGACUGCAGCAGCUGGAAACAGCCAGACCCCUGUGGUCACCAACCAUCUUGUCCGCUUGGUCACAGCAGCAAACAAGACACCUCAGCCCAUAGCCCGUGCUUCUUUGCGAGCUAAGACUCGUCGCUUUCCAGGACCUGCAGGCAUCCUGCCACACCAACCUGAAGGGAAAAAUUUGGAAGAAAUUCUUAUUGCAACUCCACAGACACCAACUCAUGGGGCUCUAGCAAAACUACGAACUGAGGAAAUGCCUACUUCCCAGCAGUCAAUAGAAGAGGAAUUUGAAAGAGGCCCUUGGGUUGCCAUGAAAACUGAGCUGGAAUUAGAUGAGAGAGAUCCAUCCUGCUUCCUUAGGACAUACAGUGUUGUUAUGGUGCUUCGUAAGGCAGCUCUGAAGCAGAUCCCAAAGAACAAAGUUCCCAACAUGGCAGUGAUGAUUAAAUCACUGAUGAGGACCAAUGUUGAUGCAGGUGCUGUCUUUAAAGACCCUACUGGAGAAAUGCAGGGCACGAUACACCGUCUGUUGCUAGAGGAGAAAGAGAGUGAAUUUAAGGCUGGCUCAGUGCUUCUGCUAAAGCAGGUGGGUGUGUUCUCCCCAUCCCAUCGCAAUCACUACCUCAAUGUGACACCCAGUAACUUGGUGAAGAUAUACCCACCGGGGCUCAGCGCUGGCAAGCUUCCUCGUUUGCAUCAAGAGAACCAGGAAAGAAUGGAGCCAGUAUUGUCACAGGUUGUGUCAGAAGUUCAGAAAAAGCCUCAUACAAAUGCCCUCACUUCCCUGGUGACAGCAGACUGCAGGCACGAGGAAGGACAUGUGAUGGAUAAGAACUGCAGCCAGCAUGUGUUGGGAUCAAGUAAAGGGGCGCCAUGGACACCAGUGCCAGGGAUCUGUGGAGGAGGCAAAUCUGUUUUGAAUGUACCAUCCCCAAAUGCUGAAAGAGCUGAUUCAGAUGAUCUAGACCAACUUCUUGGAGAAUUGCCUGAUGAUUUUUUCUCCAACUUGGAUGAACUGAGUAGCCUGUGACAGUUCCUUGACAGAGACAACUGCUGGGGUAGAACCAAGGACCUAAUUCUGUGUCUGAGAAGACUUUUGCACAACAAGGUGAACUCUGCUUUAUGAUUACGUCUUGGCAGGAAGGUGCUUGCCUUCAGCAUCCUUAUGAACAUGGGCUGUGGCAGGGGAAAAGGAGUUCACAGAACAGAACUCCUUCACAGAACAGAUCUGAUACCAUUCAUGUGAUUGUGUGGAAACUGAACCGGUAAAGCAACAGCGUAAGUUCUUAAGCACAUGUUUCCUCAGGGUUCUGGCACAAUCUUUCUGCAGCCUGUCCUUUGUACAAAAUAUAGCCCUUCCGCUCACAAGAUAAAUGCAGGAAUGUUGUGCUAGUGCACAUCCAACACUGAAGGUUUGUACCAGGCCUUAUUCCAGAUUUGCUUUCUCCUGUAUUGCACUUUGCGUUGCUGCCAGAGCCAGCUACAAAGUCCAUUUAAUAGCCUCAGUUGCCAUCUGAUUUGAAACCCCAUUUCCCCAAUGCUUGUUUUGGUGCCCUGUUACAAAAUCCUGGGAACACAACAUGGUCUAUUUGUAAACCACCUUACAAAGACAUAGGUGGUCAACAAACCACAAAACAUUACAUGUAGCUCACCUUUGCUAAUCAUUACAAAGAAGUUCUUUAUGAAAGAAAGAUUUUAAUAGCAUUUUAUUUUUUACUUAAUCCUCAUUUCUUUUGCUGUUGAUAUUUUGAUGGUGACACUAUUUCUCCUUUGAAAAUUGUGUGUAUCUAUAUAAACUUUUUAUAUGUUGGCUACAUUGGAUCUAAUUUAUGUUUUCUACCGGGCCGUUAAUAUCUGAAUUCUGGGUAGGAUGCUGCACACACACAAGGCUUCAUACAAGUGGAGUCUAUAUAUUAUU